AUGCCAGAUGAUGCCAGACAUCUGACAUGGUCAGUCCCACUGAUCCGGACAAGCUUUUCAGACUGGACAAUCGUCUCCCGUUUUCGCACGCUUUUGGCGCAUUGCGACUGUCCUGGUCCAGUCCACGCGGUGCAGCACGAGCCGCAAGCGCAUUGGUACGUGCUCUACUCAAUGCCACGUCCUUCUUUGAGCCUGGAAGAAUGCGGUGUGGCGGACGACCCUGUGGGCCUCCGAAAGGACAUCAACAAAGGAUAUCGAUCGGCAAGACUGUUUGCAAGUCCAGGUGCGGCCGAAACGAGUGUAUGCAACAUUGGAGCAUUCUCGAGGAAAAUUGCAACGCCAGGCUUGGUGUCCUGA